AUGUCUGCUCGAAAGGCGGGCUCUGUCCCAGACCUGACAUUUGUGUCAAGCACGGGGCCCGCGCUCGACAUAGUCAGCGCGAAAGCAAUGAGAGCUCACACUACCAGAGCCAAUUUCGCACGACGACGACGACGCCUAGUACACGAAUAUGCCAAUCAAAAAGAGUCUACCGCCCGCGUCGAGCUUCUACAGGUCGAGGAAGCUGGUCUGACCAUAAAUCGUGACCCAUCAGUCGAUCUUCAGCUCCCCAUCUUCAGUCAUCCAAGCUUGGACAGCAAAGAUGCGUUCUUCAUUCAUUAUUUGACGCAAGCAAUGGAAAAGCUGCUUUUAGUUACAGACAUUCCAGAAUCGGACACUGCCUUCGCCGUGAUGCAAUCCGACUGGGCUCGCUCCCUUCACGACCCCACUAUGCUGGAUGUCUCUCUUUACUUCGCCAGACAUGUCUAUGCAGCGCGAAGGCAAAACCGUGCGGUUGAACUCAUAUUGGAUACAUACAAAGGGAAAGCAAUUCAAUCCGUGAGGGAGCGCCUCGACUAUGGGUCCGACGGGAUCAAUGAUAGCGUCGUCGCAGCCGUACUAGUUUUUAUAGUUCUCAAUCAAGGUUUAGGCAAUAUUGAAGCGUGGAAAAUCCACAUCUCUGGCCUCCUCCAGAUCAUCACACUUCAUUCUCGGCUUUCACAUGAUGCGCCCUCACAUUGGAUAUCAACUGCAAUCCCACGCACAACUAUGCAUGGAAUGCUUCUUUUAGCUCGGCAUGACGUGACAUUGUUGAACACGGUAGAGAAAACCGGUAUCUUCGACACGAUGUUCUCCGCCCCCGCCAAGAAAGCAGCUUACCUGGUCCUCGAGAAUGCGGAAGAAGUUACUGCGUUGCAAGAUACGCAUGUUCCAAACAAAGAACUCGACCAUGCUGCAAAAUUACGUAUUAGUCGUGUUAUCAAGUCCCUGGAUAUAGCCAUCCAGUUGGAUCGUACCGUAUACCCAAGAGAGGCGUUUCUCACGGCAAUAGCAUUAUCGAUCAAGGUCUUCGUGGGAAUUUUGCUGCCUUGCAUCACAAAUGUAGAAGAGGGCCCCGGAAAUACGGCUGUUCAACUGAUGGAGGUUUUUCAGAGACCCGAGCUGCAAUUACCUUCUCCUUUGGCCCUGUGCUCUUCCUUGGAGUCAAUGUUCUGGCAAACAAUGUUGGGUGCUAUUGCUGCGCCCGAUGAUCGGACCAAAUUGUUUUUUACAUCAAGGCUCUCCCGAAUAACCGUCGCCUUAGCGCUCACGUCUUGGCACGAUGCCUUGGUCAUCUUGCAAAGACUCUUUUGGAUACCGUCCAUCUUCUCUGACCCGGGUUACCAAAUAUUGUCGGAAAUAUUGCAUUCGCAAGGUCAUAUCAACAUACAGUUUGAUUAA